UAUGAUUUAAAACCGUGUAAAAAUAUGUAUAAUUAAAGUUUAUAAGUUUGAAACCAAAGAACAUAUAGAACACAUAGGAGUUUAAAAUGAUCAAUAAUCGCUUUCUCAUAAAGCUUAUUGAGAUUCAAAUAUACUUUUAAAUAUCAUUUUUAAUUUCAUUUUAUUUAAUCGCUUUUUUAUGACUAAUUUCAUCUCUUUCUUUAUGCUAAAAGACAGUUUAUUUUCAUUAUAAAAUGACAGAAGAUAAUAACAAAAUCGUUCUACAAGAAUUUGAAUACCUUAUGCGUGAAAAUAGAGCCAUGGUUCACGAGUACGUACAGAUUGUUUUUGAAGCAUGGAAUUCAUAUAAACAACUUCGAGGUGGUUGCGAAAAAAAGAUCGAAGAUUGUCAAGAGAAAUUGUUAAGAUGGAUUCAGCGAAUUAUUGAAAGAUUGCAAGAUUAUAAGAAUCUAGAAUUACAGGAAAAGAAAGAGAAACUUGAACGUUUAGAAAGAAGAGUUUGUGAAUUGAAAACUGUAGUUGAAAAGAAAAUUAAUGACUCACUUAUUGGAUCCUUCUAUAUUUCGGAUUGUAUAUCACGCUAUUUAUAUUACAUAUCUUGGUUUACUUGUCAGAAUAUUGGUUUGAAGAUUGUUUUUACUUUCUCUUAUAGUAUCUUUAACCAUCGAGCAUUACGAUUGUAUUGAUCCAGUACUUAAUACUCAUGAGAUGGCAGAUAUUUCAGAAAACACGCUUUUACAUCAAGACAUAGAUAAUUGGUAAUUGAUUAGUUUUUGACUUUUUGGAUAAAUAUGAAUUAACCUGAUAUUAUCUAUAUACAUAGGGAUUUGCGUAGAAAAAUAUUUGAAAAAAUAAAAUCAAAUGAGCUAAACAUAGUUAAAUUGAGAGGA